CUUGGGACAAUCACAAGCUCUUAACAACACAUAAGCAAAGAAAAACAAAAAAUAGAAGAAACUUGCAAGAAAAUAUGAAGUUUGUUGCAAUCUUCUUGGUUACUUGUGUCUUAUUCUCCCUUUUCCCAAGCCACCUGUCACAAGGUGAAGAAUCAAGGAUGAAUAUUAAUGCGGAGAGAAGGCCAUGGUGUCCGUCUAAAAUACAAAUGUUUGAUACUAAUUGUGAAGUGGAUGGAGCAAAACAAUGUCUAGAUCUCUUAAUAAGUACUUGGGAUCCAAGUGUAAGGCUCACCCGAGUCUCUUGCAUUUGCUCUGAUUUUCCUUACAGGAAUAUGAUGUGUAGUUGUCCUAAUAUGAUUUGUCCCUAGAAAACGUCUAUAUAAGACCCAAACUGUUGUUCUAAAUCAUUUUUCUAUGUGUCAAGAAUAAUGUUUCAGUUUCUAAUGAAAAGCUAAACAAUGAUAUACUUAAUUUGUUACAAAGAAUUACGAUAUCCUACGUAAUUCUCAUCAAACAACACCGCAACAAAUAGAUUGUAACUAUUUGGUAAGCUUAUCUCCUUGUCGCUUUGGUCCAGUGGUAAAGGAAAGUAAUUUCCGCCACUUGUGUUCGAGUAAUAUUGGCUACUGGGAUUCGAGUAAUUUAAUAUGGUUUCCCCGAACCCGAAGAAUAGUUUUUGGGCCGUGGAAACCUCAUAGGA